UUGUCAAAACUCUAGUCAUUGUCAUUGUAACAACUGUCAAAUUAAUAAACAUAAUUAAAAUAAUUAACAAAUUUUUUUUUGUAAUUAAAUAGAUAAGAAUUAAAGGAGAUUAUGUUACUAAUGGAGCGAAUACCAGGACAAACUGGUUAUCUAGUGUUAACAAUGGAUGGGGCUGUUAUUGAAUCAGGUGGUGAUUUAAGUAACGAUGAACGUACAGCUGAAAUAAUUACAUCCUUAGUAAACACAGCAAAUCGUAUUGAUUUCUCAGAUCAACAAAUGAGUGAUUAUCGUAAAAUGACAUUGAGCUACGAAGAUCAUAGUUAUACAAUAUGUUUGUCGAAUAAAAAAUUACAUGUUGUUAAAACAUCAAGAAGUGCCAUGGCUCCACCAUCUAAUGAAAUCAAUGGGGGAAAUGAUCCUGCACUUGUAAAUGUUUAAUUAUAUAUUUUAUACGUGGCCUGCUCUUAUGUGCUAGAACUUACAAAAGGGGGAUAUGAUCGACUAAAAUGAACUUGAAUUUUUGCAAGAUAAACAAUAUCGCAUUUGAGCAGUGUUUAUUAUUUUAAGAAUAACAUGUUAAUUUUUUGUUUAAAAUAAAAUUU